UAUAAUUUAUGACAAAGAGGAAGUUUAUAACACAAAUUCGUUGGAUUUGAAGUGAAGAAAGUUGAAAAUGGCAGGCGAAGAAAAUUUAUACAGCCAACCAUGGAAAUCUGAUGAGUUUGACGGUAUGGAAGAAAGGAUGAACUCAGUUUUGAUCAUACAUACCCAUGAGUGUGAGCCCAUUGCUGCAUUCAUCCAAGAAAAUCUCAGAAAGUUUAACAAUGAAUUAAAACUCACAGUCAACAUAUGCGAUGUUAUUGAAAUAGAGAGCAGAAAUCUUGCCUUCCAAGUCAUACUCCUUCUGAUCUCACCAGAGAUGAUUUCAUAUCUAGACUCCACAGUAGAAUCCCCACAUCCGGCUUUACGUUUCGAUAGGAGCACAGUGUGCGCUCUCUUGGUUCAUGAAUCUGUAGACAUGGACAGUGUAAGCGUUAACUCGGUCAUAGAGACCAAGAUACCAGAGUUCAGUUCCUGGCAAACUCUCAGAAUGUCACAUACACGGACCACUAUGAUGAAAAUUUUGCAUUUACUUGAUGAGACAUCGGAACUGUCAUUCCCAAUGAGAUUGCAAUAUCGUCUGGAGCCAUCUCAAAUUGCCACCGACAGAAACAGAGUUUUCAUACUUUUCAAAACUGAAAAGGACAGGUCGUCUGCAGUGGUUGUUCACGCUGAAACCCGAAAGAUUGAUGCUAAAUACCACAAUCCGUACACAUUCUCCUUCUCACCUUAUGGAAUACAUGAUGGAAAAGUACAAAUCAACGUGUUCGUGGAUGGCAUAAACGAAGGGACCACCUACCUGAAUGUUGGCAAUAAGUUCGAGUUCUUGUACAACGAGAUGGACGAUAUCGUUUCUUCCACUGAGUUUCUGUGCCAGAUUUUGAAGCUCUCGGGUGAAGACAGAGAGAGUCUAGACAAGUACCUCGCAGAAAGAAUGGAUGAUGAUGAUGUGCCCAGUUCUAACGUUGAUGAUCGAUUUCUGAUCGGUCAAAAACGCAACGAGGAAUUGCCGACCAUAUUACAUUUUGGUGCAAAGUUUGGACUCUCACAAUUCUGCCACACUAUCAAAAGAAUGCAUGGAUUUGGUAGCGCCAUAACAAUACGUAACAAAGAAAACGAGACUCCGUGUCAGCUGGCUCAGAGAAUGGGGUACACCAAACUGUCAGAGGAUUUAGAUCCUUUGAUUCCAUCCCAGAAGGAGUCAGAAAAUCUCCAAAAUAGAAGAGUGAUAAAAAGGAUGGCUCCUCCACCUCCGCCAAAGCACACCAACCCGCUGAGUGUAAGCGCUGUAGAAAAUAGGCCACCGCGAGUCACUUUGAAAAAAAGUCUGUCGGACGCUGGAGAAAAACAAAAGAGAAGCGAGACGGGGAUCGGUAGAUAUUCUGGAUUGUCAGUUGACAGUGGAACUUCCGGUCAAAAAUUGUUUAAGAAUUCUGGAGGUUUGUCAGCAGACGCUUGGAGUCACACUAAUAUGGGAAAGAUCCAUUCGAAGACACUUGUGGUGGACGAGGAUAAAUUACUCUGCGGAGAUCCAUUUCCAUCCAUAGGACGGACACUUUUAAGAUGAACAAAAGAAGAAAUCUUUGUUACGUUUUACUAUGAUAUCACUAAUGCCGGGAUAGGGUUGACGACUUCUUUGAUCCUGACAAAGAAUCCGUUCUAUCAUUAUUGUUAAAAACACACUAGAAAAUUAACUAAGUUCUAUUUGAUAUGUUCUUCAUCCAUUACCUGUGCUAGGGUAGAUGUCAUACCUGUAAUUAUGUAUUCGUUUAUGUUUGAUAUAUACCAUAUCUGUAUGUCAUUGUUAUCUGUUGUUUAAUGCAAAGGGAAUUUCCCUGUCUGUUUCAAUAAUAUACUUGAUAACCACAUAUGUAUUCAUAUUUCUAUCCCACUAAAACUUUUGUAAAGACUAAAAAUUACAGUAUUGCAAAUUUGUAAUCGACACAUCUGUAAUUCAUAUAAUGAAAUAAAGUAAAUUGUGAAAAUAGAAUAAACCUGGAUGUUUAUAUACAUCUCCCUCGGAGAGAGAAAUGGGCAGAGAGAUGGGGGAGAGAGAUGGGAGAGGGGGAGAAAGAUGGGAGAGUAAGAGAGAGUGAAAUUUCAGUCUUCAUUGUGCAAGAGAUGUUGAUCUAAACAUUGUACUUGCAAUAACAUUUUCCCUAUUACAUCUUUCUUAUUGUUAAUUUAAAACUCGGAUUUCUUUCUAUCAAGUAGGAUUUUUAAAAUUCUGGGGGCAGUUGCACGAAGGUUAGUUAAGUUUAAUGACAGUUAACUUCAAGUUAACACCAUAUGAAUGUUCAAGUUAAUGGCAAGUUAACAGUCAGUUAAAGCAAAGUAACCUUCGUCCUGACCAUUGUUAACCAGAUUUGAAAUCUUGAGGUUUUCUAUACAAAUGCAACGGAAAUUAUUUGAUUGACUUUUAAUAAGAAAUAUUUGCAACAAUAAAAAAGAUGACUUCUUUUCGUUCUUAAAUCGUUAAAUGAAAUUGUAGAAAUAAAAAAAUGACUAUAACUAUCGAGUACAAAAUAAAAUGUAUUACAUAUA